CUGAUCAAAGAGUACCGCAUCCCCAUGCCUGUGAGCGUGGAGGAGUACCGUAUCGCCCAGCUCUACAUGAUCCAGAACAGGAUACUGAACUGAUGACGGUCAACAGAACAGAGCAGAUCCCUGCAGGCCUGAGGCUCUGUGAAACCACAUCCAGGAAGGGCUGCUGAGAUUCACUUGCGUACAGAUCUUACCAAGGGUUCAGGAAUGUUCAGGGUGUUGAGAGAGUGUCUGGGUGCCAGUGUCUGUCGCCGAGUGGGAGUUUUCUGGGCCGCGCGAUGCGCGGGCGGAGUUGGAAACCAGACGGCGCUGGCACGGUGGGCUUCCAGUCAGUCGGAGCAGACGGCUGAGCCCUGCCGAGCUCCUCGCCACAGCCGGCAUAUGCGCGAAGCGUGGCGUGAGCUCCUGCCAGCCGCCGAGAGGUGGGCGGAGCCGAUCACUCGGAAGCUCUCCAGCUGGCAGAAUCUCUCCGUCCACAAACGGAGGCGGAGGAGGCCCGUGGUGCCAUCUGAGACGAGGGGGAGACCUUGGACGUCGCUCUGGAGGAUGGCGCAACGGGACUGCUUUGGACAGAGCUGGGUGUCAGGUGGCCCCCUUCCAACGACGUGUGAUGAGGAAUAAAGAUCAGAUAGUGAUGCUGAGUGAUGUGAAAUCAAGCUCUCAGAAUAAGAUUUUAUAUCUCAAAAUGAGGUUGAUUUAAACAAAGGCCUUGAUUUGUCUGAAUGCUUGUAGUUCUUGUGUAAGCUGUUGGAGAUAUUGCCCGUUACCUGUGGUUUCGUGGUCUCCUUGGUAACCUGAUUCUUGCAACCAAUAGACUAUAACCUUGUUACAGGUGCUGAUUGUCUGGCUCCAGGGGCGUGCUCUGUCGUUACCAGACUCUCCAUCUGUCAUGCGUCCACCUUUCCCGUUUUUCCCGCAGAAAAAGAGUCGUGAGGAGAGCGAGGGCGAGGGCAGCGGCGUGGAGAUCCUGGAGAACCGGCCGUACACGGAUGGGCCCGGCGGUUCGGGCCAGUACACCCAUAAAGUCUACCACAUCGGCCAGCACAUUCCCAGCUGGUUCCGCUCCAUCCUGCCCAAGGCUGCGCUGCGCGUGGAAGAAGAGUCGUGGAAUGCCUACCCCUACACCCGCACGCGAUACACCUGUCCCUUCGUGGAGAAGUUCUCCAUCGACAUCGAGACUUAUUACAAGCCUGACACGGGGAGGCAAGUGGAUGUCUUCAGCUUGUCCACUGCAGAGAAAAGGCAACGAGACAUCGACCCGAUAGACAUUGUGAAGGAUGUCAUCGCCCCGCACGAGUACCUGGCGGAGGAGGACCCCAAACUGUACCGGUCGUUGAAGACCCAGCGGGGGCCCCUGUCGGACGACUGGAUCGAGGAGAUCAACAACAACCCCGGCGCCACGCCCGUCAUGUGCGCCUACAAGCUGUGCAAAGUGGAGUUCCGUUACUGGGGCAUGCAGUCCAAGAUCGAGCGCUUCAUCCACGACGUGGGUCUGAGGAAGGUGAUGGUGCGUGCGCACCGUCAGGCCUGGUGCUGGCAGGACGAGUGGUACGGCCUGACCAUGGAGGACAUCCGUCAGCUGGAGCUGGAGACCCAGCUGGCCCUGGCUCAGAAGAUGGCCCAGUUCAGCCUCGGCGAGGAGGUCGCUGACGGCGACACUGCCUCUGGUCCCGAGAAGGAGCAGGACGCCAUGGUGACGGCUGGCGGUGGGGAGGCAGAGGGCCCCGCCCACGCGCUGGGGGACACGCUGCAGACUCGCGGCGAGCUCACCAAGCAGUGGUCGGCCUCGUCAAGGUCCUCCCGCUCGUCCAAACGCGGAGGAAGUCCCUCCCGCCACAGCAUCUCCGAGUGGCGCAUGCAGAGUAUCGCCCGCGACUCGGACGACAGCACCGACGAUGAGUUCUUCGAUGCUCAUGAAGACCUCUCAGACAGCGAGGAGAUAUUCGCCAAGGAGAUCACCAAGUGGAGUUCCAACGACCUGAUGGACAAGAUCGAGACGGUGGAGGCGGACGAAGCCCAUCCUGACCUGUACCAGGAGUCUGGAGUUGAGUAUUCGGAGGCUGGUGAUGUGAAGAGACUUCAUGAGGAUGGUGCCGCCCAGCCGACUCUGCAGACGUCCAAGGUGCACGUUCUGCUGCUGGUCCUGCACGGCGGGAACAUCCUGGACACGGGCAGCGGCGACCACAGCAACAAGCAGGGCGACGUCAACACCAUCAGCACGGCGUUUGACACGGUGAUGCGCGUGCACUACCCUGCAGCGCUGGGACGCGUCGCAAUCCGCCUGGUGCCGUGCCCGGCCGUGUGUGUCGAAGCGUUCUCGCUCGUCUCCAACCUGAGUCCCUACAGCUAUGACGAGGGCUGUCUGUCCAGCAGCCAGGACCACAUCCCGCUAGCUGCGCUGCCGCUGCUGGCUACGUCCGCGCCCCAGUACCAGGACGCUGUUGCUGUGGUGAUCGUCCGAGCCAACCAGGUGUACGCCGACUUCGUCAAGUCUCUGGGAGGGGCGGCGUUCUCCGGGCAGGUGUGUCUGAUAGGGGAUUGCGUCGGAGGGAUCCUGGGGUUCGACGCCCUCUGCAGCAGCAACGUUGCUGUGUCUGAGAGCCAGAACAGUAGCAGAAGAGGGAGUAUAGUAAGUGUGCAGGACACCGACCUGCUGUCGCCGGGCAUCGUCAUCAACAGUAGCCACUGUGCGGGUCCAGGUCCAGGCACGGUGCCGGGUCUGUCCCUGGAGGGCAGUCGGCAGCUGAGCCGUAGCAACAUCGACAUCCCUCGCUCGAGCUGCGGCGACGACCCAAAGAAGCAGCUACCCCGCAAGCGCAGCGACUCCUCCACCUACGAGCUGGACACCAUCAAGCAACACCAAGCCUUCCUGUCCAGUCUUCACUCCAGUGUGUUGCGAAAUGAUCCAGGCUCCCGCAGGUCCAGUAACAGCACUAUGCUGGAUGGCGGUGGUGCUCUGGGCAAGUUCGACUUUGAGGUGUCCGACUUCUUCCUGUUCGGCUCUCCGCUGGGCCUUGUUCUGGCUCUGAGGAAAACUGUCGUUCCAACCCUGGAUGUGGCGCACCUGCGUCCAGCCUGCCAGCAGGUGUACAACCUGUUCCACCCUGCUGACCCGUCCGCUUCGCGCCUCGAACCCCUGCUGGAGAAGAGGUUCCACCUGUUGGCGCCGUUCAGCGUGCCCCGUUACCAACGCUUCCCCCUGGGCGACGGGAACUCGGCCCUGCUGGUGGAGACCCUCCAGAGCAACCCUCAGCUCCUGCUGGACAGUGGAGGCGCAGGGGCAGCCCGUUGCCAUGACGCCCUGGGCGAGACCUCCAUCCCUGUUCCUGUGCUCAACUGGCAGGCUGCGCCAGCCCCACCUGAGUCGGACGUGGUGCCCUCCCACGGGGGGAUGUUCUUGGAGAACUCGUCUCCCGCCUCGGCGCCGACGUCCCGCAGCCCCCGACGGGCCAGUGAGGUCAGCAUCGCCAGUCAGGUCUCAGGACUGGCGGACAGUUACUCUGCCUCCAACAUCGCCAACGUUGCUGCCCGCUGGUGGGGCACCAAGCGCAUUGACUUUGCCCUGUACUGCCCUGAUGCUCUCACUGCCUUCCCCACGGUGGCACUACCUCACCUGUUCCACGCCUCGUACUGGGAGUCCACAGACGUGGUGUCCUUCCUGCUCCGACAGGUAAUGCGGCAUGAGAAUUCUGGUAUUCUGGAGCUGGAUGGGAAGGAGGUGUCGGAGUUCACUCCAUCUAAACCACGAGAGAAGUGGCUGAGGAAGCGAACGCACGUUAAGAUCAGGAACGUCACGGCGAACCAUCGCGUGAACGACGCGGUCUUCACAGAGGACAGCACUCAGGUGGUCACGGCCCGUUUCAUGUAUGGGCCACUGGACAUGGUCACACUGACCGGAGAGAAGGUGGACGUCCACAUAAUGACGCAGCCCCCGUCGGGAGAGUGGGUGUACUUUGACACGGAGCUGACCAACAGCAGUGGCCGCGUGUCCUACGUGAUCCCCGAGAACAAACGCCUGGGGAUCGGGGUGUACCCGGUGAAGAUGGUGGUCAGGGGAGACCACACGUCGGCGGACAGCUACCUGACCGUGCUGCCACGCGGAACGGAGCUCGUGGUGUUCAGCAUCGACGGCUCCUUCGCCGCCAGCGUGUCCAUCAUGGGCAGUGACCCCAAAGUGAGGGCAGGGGCCGUGGACGUGGUCAGGCACUGGCAGGACCUGGGCUACGUGAUCGUGUACGUGACGGGCCGUCCGGACAUGCAGAAGCAGCGUGUGGUGGCCUGGCUCUCGCAGCACAACUUCCCGCAUGGCGUCGUGUCCUUCUGUGAUGGCCUGGUGCACGACCCCCUGCGCCACAAAGCCAACUUCCUGAAGUCGCUCGUCUGCGAGGCGCACCUAAGGAUCCACGCUGCAUACGGGUCCACGAAGGACAUCUCUGUGUACGCCUCGCUCGGCCUGCCCCCGUCGCAGAUCUACAUUGUCGGCAGGCCGACCAAGAAAAUACUGCACCAGUGUCAGUUCAUCGCCGAUGGCUACGCGUCUCACCUGUCGCAGCUGGAGUUCAGCCAGCGCUCACGUCCAGCCAAGUCGAGCAGCACUCGUAUGGCGCUGCGCAAGGGCAGCUUCGGCCUGGGCGCCGGCGGUGACUUCCUGCGCAAACGCAAACACCUGCUGCGCACCAUCUCCUCCCAGCCGGCUCCCUCCGCCCCGCCCGGCCAGAGCGGCCGGCCCGAGCGUGCCCAGAGCCAGUCGGAGUUUGACCGGGAGCGGGAACGGGCCGAGCGCGCCCAGCGGAGCGUGAGCAUCGCGGCCGGAUGCUGGGGCCGUUCCAGCAGGACGGAGGGAGGCGCACAGAGCCCCAAGUAGCUCCUCACGGCUCGGGGGUAGGACUCCACCCAGUCCGGGUGGGAGGCAGGGAGCGGGGAGUCGGGCGGGUUCGGAGUUUGAGGGAAGGCUGGACUGAACUGGGAAGAAGUCUGUAAUGCACUGGCAGAAGUUUUCUAAUGUAGCAUGAGUAGCUGUGGGCAGUGUGGUUCCGUUUUACUGACAAAAGUCAA